UUUUAUUCCCCCACUAUUUAACCGGACGCCAACAUGUAGCCAGCUAAACAGGAGUGUUACGUACACUAUAAAGAGAAAGAAGGAAAACAUUUAUAAUCAAGCAUGGGAUAUUUUCUUUAUUUUAUAUUGUUUUCAAUAUUAUUUGGAUCAGCUAGAUGUAUUUGCUACAAAUCUACAGAAUCUGGAUCAUACAAAAUAGGCGCAACUGAAUGUGUCUUAUUUUCACUUUCCUAUACCAAGCACCAAUGGGCAACAUGUCUCACUGACACGUAUAUAGAUACUUUCUCGGAAGGAUUUCACACAUGCCGGAAUACAUCCUUGACCUGUUGGUAUCAGUGCAUGCUUGAGGUACAUCAUCAAGAACAAGGGGAUGUUUAUGACGACUGCGCAUGUACACCAGAUGCUCCGAGAAAUGUGACUACACAACCGACUGUCGUGACGUCACCUAUCCCGGAUUGGUGCUUUAGUCCAUCCGGUUCGGAUUGUAGCUGGUACAAGGACUGCCUUGAGAAACGUUAUCCAUGUCAAGACGAGGACAAUUCAGAUGCUAUGGAUUACGCUGAGAAAUUUUGUAAUUUGUACCACGAUCAUCACCGGAAGUUUUACACGAUGGUGCAGCAAUGGAUAGAUGCUGUACGCAAAUGCCUACAAGUCAAGCUUGUACCCAUUUUAAGACCUUUUGUAAAGGCAAAUUGUGAAAGCAUCAAACAAACGGCUCUAUAUUCUUAUUCCGGUUGCUAUCUUCAUCCAGAUGAAGGAAAGCCAUCCAUCUGUACCAUUGGUCUCUUUAACUGGGCGCGUAUUUUUUGGACUGUAAAGGGUACGAUAGUUCAAGACGCGACGGCAAUCUUAAAACAGAUGCUAGAUGUUGUUAGCUCAUCAUGUGAUUUAGACAUUCUGCCAAUUGGCAAUGAGAAAAUACAGAUGAAGUUUCAAAUAGCUAAAGAUACGGCAAUGGAAAAAUUAGACAAAUUUGCAGAAAAUAUUGCCGAUCAAAUAGCAACCAAGAUGGGUUGGUACAGAAAAGGGGUACUUUAUUUCGGAUUUCCAACAAGUGUGAAGUCGAACGAUGAUAUACCGGCCGUAAAUCUCGUUUACAAUAAUUUGCUGAUUGCUCCAAAGUCAAAAUUUGACCUCAACACCGAAGACGCCCACGAAACUAAUGUGUCAGCCGAGGCGAUUAGCGUCGCUAAAGGCAUAGAAAAUGGCUACGUACGCUUAGAAACUGGAAUCGGGAUGACGCUCACAGAACUCGCGCUUUGCAUCGAUUACGACUGUACAAAAAAAUCUUUUGUAGUAAAGCCAGCGCCACCAGAGAAAAAAGACGGAUCUGGUCUAAAAGCUCCGACCAUGAUCACCAUUGUAUGUGUUACAACGUUUGGUAUAGUUUUCAUAGUGAUUUGUGGUGUUGUAAUACCAAAACUGCGCAAGAGUUAAACCACUCACCAUGACAAAUACAUCAAGUGCUGAGAUACUGGAACUUGUUUAUGUGUUAUUUAUUUUUUGUUUUUUUUUAGUUGUUGUUUUUUAUGUCCAUAUAUACUCUAGGGGCGGGAACAUUUAGAAUUGCCCUUGUUCGUCCGUCUGUACGUGAGUCCAUGAGUCCUUGUAGCACUUAAAGUGUUUGAGCUAGAUAUAACAAACAUAACAGGAAUGUUGACCAGCAUGUGGAGUUGUGUGCCUGGGUUUUACGUGUGCAUUGAUUCAGAUUUAUCAGAGUUUUUGUCCUGUACUUAGUAUAAAUUUGCAAUUUUCAUCUUGUGUCGCGCGUAGUUCAAAAAGUAUUUGACAUAUAGUCAUGCAACUUUACAGGAAUGUUUGUAAGCAUGUGAAGCUGUGCACCUGGGGGUUUGCUUGUAGAUGUAUUCAGCAUUUGCAGAUUUUUUACCAUUGACUUUGUAAAAAUAUGCAAUUUUUAACUUGUGUCGCACUUGGCCAAAAAGUAUUUGACCUAGGGUCAAGAUACCUUACAGAAAUGUUGGUCAGCAUGAAAAACUGUGCACCUUGGGAUUCUAUGGUGGAUUUAUUCAGCCACCGUAUAGUUGUUGGGAAGCCUGUCAAACAUUUUUACUGGACUAGUUGCCUUUCUUUCCGCAAUGAACUGAUAACUGUUUUUUUUCGAGGUACAUUACGAAUGAACUUAAAAAGGAUUUCAUGACCAAUCACAACGAAAGUAUUUUGGACUGUCCGGGUCGCACGAUUCACAUCCCAACGCUCUACCUAUUGUGCUAACCGGAAGUUUUUAUGAGUAUACGAUUUGUGUGGUUUUGUUUGUGUACCUAUUCGUGUAUGUUUAUUGGAUAUUGUUAAAAUACAUUUCUAGGAAAUUGUUUAACCCUUACCAUGGACUUGUCCAUCUUUCAAUAUAGACAAAACCAUUAAAAAUUGUUGCAAAUAACGAACAGUGCUUACCACGGAUGUGUUGCCUGAUUUUAAUCAGCACUGGUUGCAUUGGUAAAAUAUAGACGGCAACUAGGAGUUAAACAUUGACCAAGGGAAAUAAUUAUAUCUAGUU